AUGGCGGACCACGCGGCAGACCCUGCUAUUGCAGUCGAUGAGUUUGCUCAGACCCGUGGAGCGGACGAUUUGUUUGACGACGAAAUCAUCCCUAUCACAGGCGCACAGGAGGUUCAGCCUGUUGAUGAGGAGGCGCCCACAGAGCAAGAAUUGGAGCCUACGGAUGUCGGCCCGCAACAACCCGACCCUGUUACAACGGCGACCACUACAAGGCAUCGAGGAGGACGCGGUCGAGGGAAUGCGCCUGCUGAUGGCGGUCGGGGACGGGGUCGGGGACGAGGGCGCGGUGGCCGAGGUAGCUCAGACACCGGACCCAAACGAGAACAACACGUCCCCAAGGAAGAAGCGGCAGGGGCAGAAGCGAAGGAUACUGAAGCUUCCGAGCAGGACGAGCAGGCGGGCGAGGAAAAGAAGGAGGAUGACAAUGAAAGCAAAACAACACCCAAGGCAGAGAGUGCGCGAGUACAGGCGGUGCGCGGUGAUCGCAGUGGUACCGGUGGAGUCAAAAAGCCAAAACUCACCGAGGAAGAAUUAGCCGAACGCAUGGCGGCUGCUAAACUCAACGCUGCUAAGAAAGCAGCGGCGCACGCUCGCGCAGAGGCCGACGAAGCCUCGUUCCAGGAAAGAGAAAGGGUUGCGAUUGAAAAGCGACGCCAGGAACUAGUGAACCGCAAGGCUAUGGACAACGAGCGCGAGCGCAACAGGAUGCGCAAACUUGGCGCCCAAACAGGCCGGGAAUGGGAUGCUGAGAAGAAGGAAGACGACUACAAUGGCCGUCGAGGUGGCAGCAGCCAAUUUCGUCGUGGAAUGCACGGUGCUAUUCCUGGACUUCCACGACGCGAACACAGCGAUAGUCCAGAGUGGCUGGACGAACUCCCUCCUGGUACUCGAGACCGUGGCCGGGGUAGAGGCGGCCGUGGACGAGGACGAGGCGGUGCAGGCCGAGGUGGCAGAGGCAAUUCUUCUUUGAAUGCCAGUGACCGUCCAGCACCACAGUCAGUACCGGGAAUCAACAGCGAAAGCGAGUUUCCAGCGCUCCCAGGCAAUCGUAACCCUCCAUCUAAGGAAGCUACGCCAGCGCAGAAUGGAGACAAACCCAAGUCGCCUGCAUUGGAAAGAGUGCUCUCGCCCGACACAUCCUUAUCGCCAGUAGAAGGGAGCUGGGCAGAGCAAGUCGAGAGAAGCGAGGCGCAAUAG